GGUUUGGUCACGUGACUAACGCUCACAGUGAAAGGCAUUUUAAUCGCUCUGGUAGCACAUUCCUUUAGUUGAAGCUGACAUUUGCCUCGUUUCUUUAGAGACGGCGAGAGAAUGAGGUGAGUGGUGACCAGCUCUCCUUUGGCCUACAGCAGGAAGCGUCAUGGUUCCUCUGCGGUGGGACUGUGGUGAAAUCCGACUCGGAUGCUGAGGGAAACUCUGGCUCUCCUGUUCCUCUGGGCCUGCCUGGGCCCUGUAGCCGCCGCACGGAGCUGCUCGUCGUUUUUCUGCAGGAAAUCUCACAGAGUCAGCGGUCUGAAUGGAGUGGACCCCGGGGCUCCUCUGUUUAUCACUCCCUAUCUGGAGAAGGGCGCCAUAGAUGAAGCCAGGAAACUAAGUAUGGUUGGAAAAAUGCCUGGGGCGAAUGUCAAGAGUUACUCUGGAUACUUCACAGUCAACAAGACCUUCAACAGCAACCUCUUUUUCUGGUUCUUCCCUGCACAAAUGACAAGGCAGAACAAAGCCCCAGUACUGCUCUGGCUGCAAGGUGGACCAGGUGGCACCUCCAUGUUCGGUCUCUUUGUGGAGCACGGACCUUAUGUGGUGUACAAGAACAUGACUGUCGGUUUAAGGGAUUACUCAUGGACGAGCAGAUAUUCAGUUUUGUACAUUGACAAUCCGGUUGGAACAGGUUUCAGCUUUACUGAUGAUGACAGAGGCUUUGCUCAGAACCAAGAUGAUGUUGGCAGAGAUCUGUACAGUGCUUUAACACAGUUCUUCCAACUCUUUCCUGAGUAUCAGUCCAAUGAGUUUUAUGCAACUGGGGAGUCAUACGCAGGAAAAUAUGUUCCUGCCAUUUCCUAUUACAUCCACAAAAACAACCCCACGGCAAAGGUGAAGAUCAACUUUAAGGGCAUGGCUAUUGGUGACGGACUCUGUGAUCCAGAACUGAUGCUGGGUGGUUAUGGAGAGUUCCUGUAUCAGACAGGAAUGAUAGACAAACUCCAAAAACAGUACGUGGACAAGCAGACGGACCUCGGCGUGGAACUCAUCCAGCAGCAGAAAUGGGUGGAGGCUUUUAAGGUUUUUGACUCUUUGCUGAAUGGAGACGUGGAUCCGUAUCCGUCCUUUUUCCAAAAUGCUACAGGCUGCACCAACUAUUAUAACUACAUGACAUGUCAGGAACCUGAAGACCAGGAGUACUUCUCCCAGUUUGUGACUUUGCCUGAUGUGCGGAAAGCCAUCCACGUGGGUAACCUGACCUUCCAUGACGGCUCCGAGGUGGAGAAGCACCUAGUGCAGGAUGUCAUGAAGAGCAUCAAACCAUGGUUGGGGAUUCUGAUGGACAACUAUAGGGUCCUAAUCUACAGCGGUCAGCUGGAUGUGAUUGUAGCAGCUCCUCUGACCGAGAGGUUUCUACCGACUGUCAACUGGAGCGGAGCCGCCGAGUAUAAAACCGCUCCCCGGUUCCACUGGAAGCUCCAGCCCGGCGACACCGAGGUGGCAGGUUAUGUCAGACAAGUCGGAGAGUUUUUCCAGGUCAUCAUCAGAGGAGGAGGCCACAUCCUGCCUUACGACCAGCCGGCAAGGUCCUUUGAUAUGAUCGACAGAUUCUUGUCAACACAGGGAUGGGAGUGAAAUGGUGUUAAUAUAUAGAACAGACUGAUUGACUUGUGUUGAUUUUAAAGACCUUUGAUUGUCAAAACAAAUAUAAAUGAACUGUUUCUGUAUAUAGUUUUGCAACAGUUUAAAAGAAAAGUAUUUUAUUUCUUUAAAUUGGUCACCACUAAUGAAUUUAUACAAUUUCUCAAUGACUUGAAUUCAGUUGACAAUUUUGUUUUUCUUUUUUUUCUUUUUACACAGAUCAAUUUGAAAUGGUUUUUGUGUGUGUGUUUUUAAAAGUGGCUUGUUUUAUUAGUUUUCAAUGUUUUGGUUUAGAAUUUUACAUGUUCUUGCUUUUACAGUAUUGGUAAUUUUGAAAAUGCACACAAGGGGUCGCUGUAAUUCAGUGAACUGCAACUGCAGACAAAAAAAUGUAGAUUCUGAUCACAUCAUGGUCAAUGAUGGUGACAUUUUGUGAAAACAGUUAAAUCUUUGAUUAAUUCUAAUUUGAGAGAUUGUUGAAUAAAUCCCUAAAAUAUGUAACAUGUUUGACAGAUGAAUCUGCUACAUCAUGAAUAUUUUCAGCCUCCCUUGUUUUCACAAUUAUUUGAAAAAGCAGUAUGAAUUUCUAAUUUAAAACAUAAAAGAUUAGAAGAUUCAUUGUUCAUUGAAACUUUAACUGAUAACACUGAAAGAAAAACAUGUCUAUAAUAGUUACAAAUAUCGCACCAUAUCUGAUGAGACAGGUUUCCUUCUAGAGCAUUCUUGUAGAAAACAAGUUGUGAUGUUUUUGGAGAGUUUGUGUCUCCAGCUUUUAGGCUUGCCAGAUCUUAAAACUUUUCAUCCUUUUGAAUUGGUACAAAUUUAUAGAUGGAUAGACUUUAUUUUGGUUUGAAACAUUCUUCACAGUUUUUCUUUCAAGAAAAAUUAAAAUAUUUGGUAAUCAAAAUAAGCCUAAACAUCCAGGUUUGACCAACUCAUUUGUGUUAUUUUAAAAAAAAAAAAAAAAAUUUUUACAUUAAUUUUACUUUGAGGUAAAGUAAACAAACUAUUUCUAAAUGAAGAGUCGGUUCAAUUUAGAGAGUAGUGUAUUUUCAAUAAAAAUUGGUCAUGGAUGAUAUUCUGAAACAAAGAUAUAUUUAAGAGAUUAAAUUCAUCCAGAGUUUUUAAAAAUCAGCAACAUAGCCUUUUAUUUAUUGCUGUAAAUAGAAUCAAAUACCAACUUAAAGAUCAUGCAAUUGGGAUCUGCAAUUUUAUGUUUUACAAAGCUUACAUUGUGCACAACAGACAUAGUCGCUAAGUCUUCACUUCCCCAUAAGAAACAGUCCUGCUUCUGCCAGUCCUUAAGGGAACAUGACUGUGAGUGGUGAGCCAUAUUGUCCUUAUAUAUAUAUACAGUACAGUAUAUAUAUAUAAAAACACCAUAACUAUUCAUUUUCAUUUGAGCCAUUCCUUUCCAAACUUGUAGAUGUAGAAGUGCUAUUCAGAUUUUCUACAAUGCUAGUUUAAAAGUAUUCAAAAUUCCUGAUAUUUUUGAAUAAGUUGUUUUGAUUUGAUUAGUUGUUUGAAUUAAAUUUUAUAUAUUUAAGAGGUUUAUCCUCUGGUGAUCAUAUUUUUCUAAAUGAUACUUUUUUUUUAAGUUCAAAAGGAAGCCACCUGGAGCAUUUCUUGAACAAAUAAGUUCAAAAAUGGAAACAUUUCUGCAGGGAUGUUAAUGUGGUUGUAUGUGAUUGUAACUGGCAAACUGCAUCUAUCUGCAUGAAUCUGGCAUGCAUGCACUGACGUUAACUGCCAUGUUAUUUCAUCAGGCAUCUAUCAAGCUGUCUAGACAGCUUAAUAAUUAAUGAGCAUUCUAAACCUUUAAAGCA